GAGCUGAAGUGACCAAAAGAUCUGGAGCUCACUGCGGAGACACUCAGCUGGAGAUAUCAGACCUCCCCGCGGGCCACCGCGCAGACAGGAACACUACAGAAGUGACCCCGGAGAUCUGGAGCUCCCCACGGAGACGUCGGCUCAAGAUAUCGCUCUCCUCCCAGCCUCGUGCAGACAGGAAGGAACACCACAGAAAACACCCAGGAGCCGGGAGCAUGGACCCCAGCAAGUCGCCCAGCGCCCCUUCCCAGGACUGGAACCCCGACAGCAAAUCGGGAAUGACUAAUCCCGCUCCCCCGCCGUACCAGGAGUACCCUCAAUACCCCGCAGCGGGCUACCCGCCGGCGGGACAGCCCGCGCCUGGGAUGUACCCCCCUGCGCAGCAGUACGGAGGGGCGCCAAGCCCGUACCCGCCCCAGCCGGGGAUGCAGUACCCGCCGGGCCCGGGCCAGGGCCAGUACCCGCAGGGGGCCCAGCACAUGGUCACCGUCCAGCCCACGGUGUACGUGACCCAAACGCCGCUGAUUCAUCCGAAGCCGGACUACCUGGGCUACUCCAUUUUCACCAUGCUGUGCUGCUGCUUGCCGCUGGGGAUCGCCGCCCUGGUCUACUCCAUCAGGACCCGAGAUGCCAAUCACCAGGGCCAGCAGCAGAAGGCGGAGAUGAAUUCUCGCACGGCGCGCAACCUGAACCACGCCGCCCUGGGCAUCGGCAUCGCCCUCAUCAUCCUCUACAUCGUCUACGCCGCCGUCAUCGCCAACAGGUUCAACUGAACGCCGGACGUGAAUCCAGCUGUGCUCCUUAGCGCCCCCCCCCCCCCCCCGGUCCCCUGUCCCCGCGCACCCAUUUUUUAUUAUUCAAAGUGUCAUCUCUCCUUGCUCGCGUCAUCUCAUUUUUAACCACUUUCUCAUCACAGAAGAAUUUCAUUCUGUAGACGUCCCCUUUCAAAACUCCUAGUUCUGAAAUUUCAAUGAAGCAGAGUGUGUUGCCUGCAAGAGAUUGUCCAAAUAUAUUAUUUUGCAAUAAAAAAAAUCCUUUGGUGGAUAAAAGCCUUUUAUAAUGUUUAUAACAAUCAAUUGAAGGAUAGUGUGUGUGGCCUGGAUAAUGUACACUUCAAUCCCAGUAAGCAUAAAUACCAAGAAAAGAGUACAGCCAGAACUGUUCACUCAGCUUAAAGUUCGGUUGACAACAAAUUUUUUUACUUAAAGUUUCUUAGAAUCUCAGACCAGUGUUGGAGGACUUCUUCUUCUUCUUCUUCAAAACGAAUACGUUGAGAAUGCCUUAAGUACAUAUUUUGCAAGCAUUUUGAUACCACAGCUACAAUUUAAUAUUUGCCCAGUUUUGUACAAAUGUUUCAGCUUAGCCAGGUUAGCCAAAGAUUUUUUUAAAAACCAUUUUUGCUUUUAGAGUAUCUGUUUUUGACUGUUUUCAUUAACAAAUUACAAAUAUAUUGUUUAUUCAUUAAAUUGCAUAAAAUAGAUGUAAAAUAGAAGAAAGGAGGCUCUAUGAAGUAUUGUGUUCUGUGUUCUGUACUAAAUAUGGAUAUUGGGCAGAUAUUGGAACCUUCCUCCAGCAUGUCACAAUACACUCUUCCAUGCCUCCGCCUAGAACCAUCAACAGAAUCCUUAAAUAUAGUCCAUUAUGUGAGCAUGUAACUCUAUUUUUGACUGAAUACACUAAUAUGUUGCCAUUCAGGAAAAAUAAGUGGGAAAUUGAAUUGGACCAUAAGCAUAUGUCAACAUUUAAAUAAAAAUGUUUAAAAAAAUUUUUUUUAAUUAAAAACAUUCAAAAUGCUUAAAUAGUUUAAAUUCCACGUAAAAGCUGAAUAGAAUUUCCUUUUAACAAAUGCAAUUCAUUUUAACCACAUUCAUAAUUUUUUUCCACACAUUUUAAGAUGUAUUUGUAUAAAUACUGUAUAUGGUAAAUAUAUAUUUUAUUUUGAAUAUCAUUUCAGAUCACCUGCUCCUAAUGAUUUGGUUGCCCAUCUGUAGAACUGUAGUUUGUCAAAUAGAAUAACCAUUGUGUUUAAUUGUAUGUGUGCUCUGUAAAGGUAAAAAAGCGUCUCUAUAAAGUGUCAAAGAAGGAUAUGUUAACUGUUUAAAAAAAUAAAGUACUCCAUGAAUAAGCAUAA